CCUCAUGAUCCCUUGAUGAGGGACAGCAUUGAUAAACUAGAAAGGAAAAGGACAGAGAAAUGAUCUGUAAUCACCACCUGCAAUAUCACGCUUUUAUAGGUGUUGUCUUGCGAAUUGCCUCUCAUCAGCAGCAGGUGAAAUUGAUUCACAAUAAGUGUUACUAACUGGUGGCAUUGAUUCUACAAAGGUGUGACUGCAUUACAUUGUUUUGUUAAGUGUUCCCUUUAUUUUUUGAGCCGUGUAUUUCUCUAAUAUCAUGGACAUCAUUUCAUUUUUUGUUUAAGAUCAUGUCCUUAUUUAGCCCUGAAUAUAUGUAGAGAACUGGUCUUAUUUAGCCUGCAUGUCCUUUCUAAAAUUAUCUUAAACAAAGACAUUGAUAGUUAACUUUAACAACAUUUAGCUAUAGAUGAACAUGUUAAUCUGGAUGGUGUGACAUCCUCACAAUUACAGGUGACUUAUUAAAUUCAAUUAAGCAAUUAGAAUACAUUCUUCAGAUAUCCUUUUUGUAGAGUAAAGCUGCCCUGGUACUUGGAGAUAACCAAGUUCUCCAUACUGUAUAUAUGAAAUGCCUGAAUAGAACAUAAGUGGAAAAAUUCAACUUACCUUAAUAUAAAAUUCACUUACUCUACUGACUUGAGAAAUAUUGCACCCCUGGUUAACAUCUGCAUUUUCUAUUUGUUAAUUAGUUUGAUUUGUUUUCACCCAGUUGACAGGCGUAUUUACAGACUGGCAGUGUGCAUGUUGUAAAGAUCACUAUUACCAAUUAGUUCACGCACAUCGGCAAUGUGUUGCAUAAUAUUUAUUUGCAGUUGCAAAUAUAUUAAUGUGAAUACACACAUGGCACUGCAUUGCAUCAGCUAAAAUACACUAACUCUGUGUUGGCAAAGACGUUUGUGACAUCACGUUUUUAGUCAGAUGUACCACAUUCAAGUUUGGGUUCAAAAACCAUUCGACUCAGAGGUUGUUUUUGUCUUUGGUACACAUUCUAUGGCUGCAAUGUAUAAAUACCAUGAGAAGCCUACAAAGGUAUCCAACAGAUAUGCAGAAACCUAAGGUCAACAUUUUACAAUGAAAAGCAAAACGCGAUUUCAAAACCUAGGAAAUUAAGCAACUUCAGGGUACAACAGCCUUGGUAAAAUGACCCCUCAUAUGUGGUUCAUGCUUUUUACCUUUAGACUCUAGAGGCACUGGCUGGUGUGUAGAUUCAGCACAAUCUGUGGCAAAGGUUCAUCCACUGCCAGUUGACUAUACACACAACUGCUGUCAAAUUAAAGAAAUUAGCGUGUUUGCAAGAAAUCUGUGCUUAAACUAAGAAGUUGUGGAGUUGUAAGUAAUUCUUAAAUGAGAAAUAAUUACUCUGUGUUCUUGUCAGCGACAGUCCAGUGAGACAAAAAAACAUAUGUUUUACAUAUUUCAAAAGAAUCUUCUUAUUUGAAUAUUCUGGAAGGUGACCUGGUACAGAUUGACCCGCUGCACUUCUUCACCUCUUUACUUUUCCUGUCACUGUUUGUGUCAGUUUGUUUUCAUAACCAGACUGGUCAGUUAUUAACUGACAUUUUAGUGCACACUUGCAAGUUUUGUAAUUAUGUCACAUUCCUUUUCUUUUUUUUCCCCAGGAAUUAGCCGCCACCGGUGACCAAUUCGACAUGGUCUUCAUUGAUGCAGACAAGAGUAAUUAUAUCAAUUACUACAACUUUAUUAUGGACAAUAACUUGUUGAGAUUGCAAGGGGUUAUAUGUGUAGAUAACUCACUCUUCAAAGCAAGGGUUUAUCUUAAAGACACUACGGAUAUCAACGGCCUGGCUCUUCGAGAUUUCAACCAGUUUAUUGCGAAUGAUCCCCGGGUAGAGCAGGUCAUCAUCCCUCUCAGAGAUGGCAUCAGUCUUAUCAGGCGUGUCUCUCUGACCUCAGCAUAUUUGCUCUCUCAGGAUGACAUUACGGACGAUGAAGUCUUUCGAGGUGUCAAGGGGCGUUUCAUCCUGGAUCGGAUGCGUCUGGAUGGGAAGGUGGCCUAUGUGACAGGUGGCGGGCAGGGCAUUGGCCGGGGGUUUGCUCAUGCCCUGGGUGAGGCUGGUGCCAAGGUGGCUGUGGUGGACAUAGACCAGACCAAAGCUGAGGCAGUGGUUAAGGAGCUCCUCCUCAAAGGCAUCAACGCCAUUCCUAUCCCAGCUGACAUCAGCAAUUCGGACGACGUUCAGAGGAUGGUUGACACCAUUGUGUCAAAAUGGGGAGCGAUCCACAUCGCCUGCAACAACGCUGGCAUUAACAAGAACUCGGCCAGCGAAGACACCAGCUUAGAGGAGUGGGACCAGACCUUCAGCGUGAAUCUGAGAGGGAUGUUUAUGUGCUGUCAGGUGGCUGGUCGAGUGAUGUUAAAGCAAGGAUAUGGAAAGAUUAUUAACACAGCAUCCAUGGCCAGUAUAAUAGUGCCCCAUCCUCAGAAGCAGGUUUCCUAUAACACAUCCAAAGCUGGAGUCGUCAAACUGACCCAGACUUUGGGAACUGAAUGGAUUGACAGAGGAGUGCGCGUCAACUGCAUCUCACCGGGGAUUGUUGACACCCCUCUCAUCCACUCAGAGGAUCUAAGGCCUCUGGUGCAACGCUGGCUGUCAGAUAUUCCUGCUGGUAGACUGGCUCAAGUGACAGAUCUGCAAGCUGCAGUGGUCUACUUGGCAUCUGAUGUCUCCGACUACAUGACAGGGCAUAACUUAGUCAUAGAGGGUGGGCAAAGUCUGUGGUAGAGGCAGUACAUGAAACUUUUUCCUCACUCUUUUAGAAUUAAACUUGAUAUUUGGAGUUUUACAAGAUGCUGCUUCUCUGUUUGUUGUCUUAAAUGAUACAACUGAACUUUUAACAGAUGAAAAUUGUUAGCAUAUUUUGUUACACUCAAAUCCUUGUAUUCUAUCUUGAUAUAUGUGAGACUGGUGUAAAAAAACGAAUAAAAAAUCUGGAAAGUGA